AGCUCUGAGCAGCCCUGCGUCCCAAGCAGACCAAAGAAAGUUGAGUGCCGACUCCGAAGCCGAGUUCUCAUCGAAAUAGAGGCACAGAACUCUGCUCCGGGUGUAGAGCUUGGUGGGAGUUCGAAGCUCGUCGCCGUUGGGAAAUGCAAGGGCCUCGAACCGUGGAGGGUCAGAGCUCAUGAUAAGAGCUCAUCAAGAGCUCUGAUUCAGCCACCCAGAUUACAUUUCUCCGAAGGGCGGCGACAGUUCACUUGUAGAGGAAGAAUCAUCUGUUGACGACAAUCCUGGACUGAACUCGUAAACUUUGAAGUUGGACUACGAUGCGAAAAAUCUUUCGCAGUGGAUACGGAAAGCUUCCAAAGCGCUCCACUUCCACGAACAAUGGAGCGGUCAUGGAGGACAAGCCUUCUACACCAGAUGAUGCGAACUCCUCCAAAUCGCCAGAAGAAAGGGCGAGGGAAUUGCUUAAGUUCAUCAUACAGCCCGAAGAUCAGAAUACUGCGACGGCCGCUACCAAGAAGGACGACAAACUUGACGCUUUCGGAGAGUCGGUUAAAGACAAUCUUACUUUUUAUGGCUUCAUCGGUGAUAAAAUCGGAGGCCUGGCCAACAAUAAGGCAAUCGCAACACAGAGCGAGAAUAGCGGAAGCUUUGGCACGGAAGCAGGUCGGGAAAUAUCCAACAUCUUGACGGGUUUAGGCUCGGCUCACAUCGUAGGAGCAAUCUUCCUCGUCGUGGGCCAUCUCCUGGAUCGUUGGGUGACAAUGGGCAAAAAUAAAAAAGAUCUUGAAAAUUACAGGAAAAGUUUGUCGAGGAUGGCAAAACAUGUCACGAAACUCGAACAACUAGCUUCUAAUACCCAUGCUGUUGAAUUCCUACAAGCCGCAUUCGAAAAAAUAUUCGACCAUGCUGCGUUCUGCAAUCAAAUGAUGCACUCCCAUUCAAAAAGUUUAGGGAAAAGGUUUUGUUUUGCUACGAAACAUAAAGAUAAGAUUGCGGAGAUGCAGAAAGACAUGGAUGACAUGUAUCGCGAUCUUAUCUUAGCUGCAUGGUAUGCAGAUAUACAUGGUGAGCAGGACACCAAAUUUGAGCCUAGUGAAGACACAGUUUUGGUUGGAAUCGAUAAGCUAGUAGAAGACAAAGUCCUGGAGUUGGAACCAAGCGACCAGCGAGUAGUGCGAGCCCUCGUCGUGACUGGACUGCCUGGAGUUGGGAAGAGUUCAGUUGGAGGAAAAAUUGCAGAAAGGGUGAUAAAGAAAUACGGUCAUCACGUUUGCAUGCUCGACAUCACUGUGCUCGACAUGCACAGUGAAAGGAAGAUUCAAGCUUUGCUGUACAAGAAGCUGUCUCCAACAGGAGUGAAGAUGGCGUUCUCCAACGCCGCAGAUGGAAGAAAACAUCUUCAGAAACUUUUCAGCAAGUUGGAGAAACCUGUUCUGAUUUUCUUCGACAAUGUUCUGAAUUUCACGACCAUAGAAGAACUUCUGCCUAAAGACGUGUCAAAACUUCCAGCUGGAAGCUUGAUUUUGGUGACGACAACAAAUCAACAGGUAAUCAAUGUACUCGAAGAAAAGGGAGCAAGAACUUCCAUAUGCGAAGUCCAUGGGCUGGAAGAGGAGCAAGCAAGAGACUUGCUGUUGAAGGAGAUUUUAGGAGACGUAGAUAUGAAGCUCCCAUCGGAUCUGUCGCGCGAGCUGAUGCGGUACAAGGAGAAAGAAGAGAUGAUGCUGAGGAAACUUCUCAGACUUUGUGGGGAAUUGCCUCUGGCAAUUAUGUGCGUCGGGUCCCAUAUCUCGCGACGGGGCCAGAACUACCUUCGGGAUACGGGCCAGAACUACCUUCGGGAUACUGGCCACUGGCCACUGGCCACCGACCUUCACAAUCCGUCGCUCAAAGAGGCCUACGCUCAGCUCUUUGAGCACAGGGACGUGCAAGAGGGACUCGUGAAGAAGCUCAAAGACGCCGUGCUCCAUGCAUGCAACAGCCUCUCACAAGGAGACCCCAUGGGGACCGGGGAGAAUACGCUGGAUCAAAGCGUCAAUUUCGCCUGCCAGCAGCUCAGUUACAAUCCUCUCCUGCAGGAGGCGUUUCUGAGCAUCGUCCACCUCCACGUGGGCCGCGACUACUCGGAGGUCGAACUGCUCUGCGGAGCCGAACUGGUGGAGACGCUGAGGCAGCUGUCGCUGGUGAGGCGGCUCGUGUACAAGGACGGAACCUUGAGCCCAAUCCUCAAUGUGCACCACGUCCUCAUCGGCGCGGGUCGCCGGAUCGCAAAUGUGCAGUUCGAGGGCCGGUGGCUGGUGAGGGAGGACGGUGACGACGAUGUUGUCGAGUGCUUCCACAACUAUCAGCUCGAAAGGCGUCUUCAUCUCCCGAGGUUCAUUAAGCUCGAUCACUGCGACAUUGAUCUGCCGGCUGAAAAGCUCGACUAUGUGACCACGGACCUUCGUCACUUCGAGGUGCGGGGCGUGCGGAUUAUUGGGGAUUGUUCUGUACAUCCUCGGAUGUUGGAGUGUCUUAAGAUAGAAAGAUGUCCUCUGCCGUUUCUUCUGCAUAAUCUGCAGAAACUGAAAUUUCUUUAUCUGGACUUCGAGAAUACCACAUCGAAUCUCGAGUGCAUUCAGAAUAUGCCAAGUCUUGCGAAGGUGACGGUGAAGAACUCGACGACCUUGCGAUGCCUUGGUUCGGGACUCCCCACAUUGUCAGAAGUGAGCAUUUUCAAGUGCAGCAACUUCGAAAGCAUUGAAGGAUUAAAUCCUCUGGCUGUUCGGCAACUGGAAAUAGCCUCCUGCCCCGAAUUCCGUGACUUCCUCAGAGUCGGAUUGUUGAGUAAGUUGACAGAAUUAUAUCUGGUAGGCUGUCAGCAUUCCGAGUUUCCCGAGGAUUUUGAGAUUCCAUCGGGGGUACAGGACCUGGAUUUCUCAAGGAACUACAAAUUGACUGUUCAGCCUCGAAACGCACCAGGGAACAAAAUUAGAAAACUCAAUUUGGGAUGUUGCACAAGCCUCACAACUGUCUCAGUUAUCGAUUUGAAAAGCUUGGAAUACCUCGUCCUUGGAGGUUGUUCGAAGCUUGAAAAUCUAACACUCUCGGAUGAAAAUCUCAAGACACUAAAGCAUUUGGAAGUCCAGGGAUGCGCGAGUUCAAAGCUCAAGCAAUCAAUUGCUAGCCUGAUGAACCGAUUCCCUCCGUCAUUACGGCUCAUUCAACAUGACUGGCUUGAGGAGCAAGACGAAGAAUGUACAGCACCUACAAGGUGUGAACUAUUAACCCGAUGCAUCAAACUCAAUUGGAGAAAACGGAGAACAGUGAAGUUCCGAGGCAGGUGUUUCACAUUUCCUCCCAAUGGUUACAAUCGCAAGAAAGAUAUGUAGGUUGCGGUUGUUCUUUGUUCAAACUUACUUUUAGCUACAAAAGCUCCAUGUUCUCCUUCCCUGAAAUUUGAUAGGGCCAGUUGAUUUGCUGACGUGAGUUUUAAUUUAGAAUCGGUAGAGAAUCAUACAAGAUCUAAAAUUACAGUCAUUAUUUCCAUUUCAUCCAGUAGAAUUAGCAAAGGAUGUAAAUAAUUUUAAAUUAUAUUGGGUAUCAGAUUUACAAAUUUUGAUAGGAUAACGCUUUGAAUACUUAGAUGGUAUCAUGAUUCCAGGGGGUAGAAGACGAAAAUACAGUUUGGAACUUUAGCAGUUUUAAUGUUUUCAUCGUGG